UUUUACUACUUUGCAAACCAAAUCAACAUAAAGCUGCUUCAUUUGAGUGAACAGCUAGAUCACGCACUUGAACGCGAUGACUGGGAACAUUGUGACGGCACACCGGAAGAGGCCCGUCAGUUGGCCAAUAUUCUGAAAAAUGCGCUCAGUCAAUACGAACAUAUAUCGGCUGAGUGUGAACGUCUUAAAGUUCGAAGUCAGACAAUCGUACCAAUUUAUUUACGCACUCAACCUCUACUGGAACCGGUUCAAGGAGUCAUGUUGUGCGACUACGAUGUGGGUAGCCAUAAAUUUCGCUCCGGUGAUCGUGUGACAGUUGUGAAUAAUUGGGCUCCUUUCAACUCCAAUUUCAUUCGCCGAAGCUCCAGUCAAAGGCCUCAGUCCAGUCAAGCAUACGCAGAGACAACCGUGAUUCCCGAAGUUGAAGAUGAAGAAGUUAAUGACCGCAAAUUGGCUCAAUCUAGCUCAUUCGUUCAAAGCAUCAACCAACCGUCGGAUGCAAUGUACAGUCCGGUACAAACUGCAACACCGUACUGGUGUGUGUGUGCACUGGGGGAACAAGAAAUCCGCGUCGUCCCCGCGGUCACAGUUUGCCUUAUCCCAUCGGCACCUGACACAAUCAGGACCAUAGAAAAAAUGAAAGAACAGCUAAGAGGAAACUGGAAAGAGACGAUCGAUCGACUCUUGAAUGCAGCAGGAAACGUUCUGCGCCAAUUCCUUCAUAAAAUCAUUGAUAGUGGACUUGUCAUGGUCACCGACAGGAGUGCUCUCAAACGUCUAUUCGCUUUGAUCGCCGAGUCCUAUCCGUGCAACAGACACAGUGAGAUGAAUGCAGAUAUUGCCGGUUUGGUGGAUGCGGCACGUGCCACAAUAACCGAGAUACAUGGAGCAACACCAGGAAGAAGAGGAUUGUUUCUGAGACGAAGCGAUAUCGCCCAGUAUAUGAGUGUGAUUGCCACAUUGCGAAUGCAUAUGCACAAAUCAGAACGGCUCGAAUCACAAUGUGCUUCAGCGACGGUGUAUGAGAAACUGCAGGAAAAGCAGGACGCAGAAAUGAAAAGGAUGAUCCUUGCGGUAAAUGCAAUUGACGAAGUAGCACGUUUGGAUUUUGAUAAAGUCCAAAAGCUCUUGGUUGAACUGCGCAGACUGAAAAACAUGGAUCGCACUGGGGAUUCCGAGAGUUUACUAAAGUCGGGAUUGGAGCCAACCAUAAGAGGAGACUGUGAUAACUUUCACCAGGAGACAGUCUCUGAGUCUGUAUUGUAUUUGCCACCGUCUCGAGGCAGCACACCGUAUGAUCAGUACGAAAUUCAGCCGGUGCCUAGACAAGCCACUUAUCCACUCACCCAAACACGUUUUCAGGGUCACGAUCUGCACCAAGCUUUGAUCAGUGACACGAUUACCGAGUCACCAUUAGCGAGGGAUGAAAUCAGAAGUCAUCGAGGAACCGGAUACUCACGCAUACCAUUCAUGAGGACUAUCUAUUCCCGGUCUACUUCGGUUACGCGAUCGACCAAGCGCGGAUCAGACAGUUUUAUUUCACACACACAAUCCUCGUGGGUGAGCGCGCCAAUCAGUCCGGGAGAAGGCUGGCAGAAUUUCGAUCUAGAUACCAGUUUUAAUCUCAAUCGUCCGGUGUACCACAGUGUUGAAAAUCCACCGAUUCCGUCCGGAACCAUAUGCGCACAAACACAGACUGACUUGGAGAUGAUACCUGCAGCAGUUCCAAGCAUCAUCGAUCAAGCGGAUGAUCCGUACUCAGCGGAAAGAAUUCGCCUCAUAGAUAUACGAGCAUCCGAUCAAACGACGCAAUCGGUCGAGGAUGAUGAAGGAGAAGAAUACGGGAAAAUAGUGCCUGGUCAGUUUUCACAACCCAUCAUUUCACCACUGUAA